CUCAUGUAUUCGUCUCGGCUUUCUUCGUCUGAACGCCAUUUUAACGAUGCAAUUCAAAUAACAAGCCGCAUCUGCUGCAGAAUUAUUCCAGGGAUUGACAUCAUUCAUUGUCGGGACAGAAGCUACGACACGUUCAGAAUUGCUGUCACUUGCAGGGAGUCAGGCCGGCAGUUGCAGGCUGCGGUGAUACAGCAGUUUUCUGAAAAACCAUCUAGAGGGGCGAAUACAGACAAGAAGUACGGCAGGGAAAACGCUGCACAUCACUGGUGGUGGACCAAGAUGUCGGACAAAAGUGACCUGAAAGCGGAGCUGGAGCGCAAGAAGCAGCGGCUGGCCCAGAUCCGGGAGGAGAAGAAGAGGAAGGAAGAGGAAAGGAAAAAGAAGGAGUCAGAGCUGCAGCAGAAGACGGAGCAGGUUCCAGAGGACUCGGAUCUGGACCGGAAGCGCAGGGAGACUGAGGCAUUGCUCCAGAGCAUCGGCAUCUCCCCAGAGCCCCCUUUAGUGCAGCCGCUGCAUUUGUUAACAUGGGAUACCUGUUAUUUUCAUUAUUUAGUCCCAACCCCUAUGUCUCCUUCUUCGAAAUCAGUGAGCACGCCCAGCGAAGCAGGCAGCCAGGACUCGGUGGAGGGGGGGGCAGUUGGAAGAUAUAGGACCCUACAGUGGGACACUGACCCCUCUGUCCUGCAGCUGCAGGCAGACUCUGAACUCGGGCGCAGGAUGCACAGACUGGGAGCCUCUAAAAUUACCCAGGUGGAUUUCUUGCCAAAAGAAGUAGUGACAUACUCCAAAGAAACUCAGACACCUCUGGCAGCACACCAGUCUGAAGAGGAUGAAGAUGAUGAGGAGAUUACAGAACCAAAACCUGGACCAGAUUCGGAUCUGCAAGAUGAAGAGGAGAAACAGGACACAAAAGAAGCCCAUCCCCGGGAGCUCACGGAGGAGGAGAAGCAGCAGGUCCUUCAUUCGGAGGAGUUCCUGAUCUUCUUUGACCGAACCAUCCGGGUCAUGGAGCGCGCCCUGGCGGAGGAUUCGGACAUCUUCUUCGACUACAGCGGGCGGGACCUGGAGGAGAAGGAAGGGGACACUCAGGCGGGAUCCAAUCUCUCCUUCAGCCGCCUGUUUUAUGAUGAACACUGGUCCAAGCACCGUGUUGUCACUUGCCUGGACUGGUCUCCACAGUAUCCUGAGCUGUUGGUGGCCUCUUAUAAUAAUAAUGAAGAUGCCCCACAUGAGCCUGAUGGGGUUGCGUUAGUCUGGAAUAUGAAAUUCAAGAAAACCACUCCAGAGUAUAUAUUCCAUUGCCAGUCAUCAGUAAUGUCUGUCGGGUUUGCGCGAUUUCAUCCCAACCUGGUGGUGGGGGGCACUUACUCUGGGCAGAUAGUGCUGUGGGAUAAUCGCAGUCACAGGAGGACCCCAGUGCAGAGAACACCCUUGUCAGCUGCUGCUCACACUCACCCAGUGUAUUGUGUGAAUGUGGUGGGAACCCAGAACGCCAACAAUCUGAUCACAGUUUCCACAGAUGGUAAGAUGUGUUCCUGGAGCCUGGACAUGCUCUCACAGCCCCAGGAAAGCAUGGAGCUGGUGUACAACAAGUCUAAGCCCGUGGCGGUGACUGGCAUGGCCUUUCCAACAGGAGAUGUGAACAACUUUGUAGUGGGGAGUGAAGAGGGCACAGUUUAUACUGCUUCUCGACAUGGCAGUAAGGCUGGCAUUGGGGAGAUGUUCGAAGGUCACCAGGGCCCUGUGACUGGCAUCAGUUGUCACAAUGCGGUUGGCCCAAUUGAUUUCUCACACCUCUUCGUAACGUCAUCCUUUGACUGGACCGUCAAGCUUUGGACCACAAAGCACAACAAGCCACUUUACUCCUUUGAAGACAAUGCUGACUAUGUCUACGACGUCAUGUGGUCACCAGUGCAUCCUGCACUCUUUGCGUGUGUGGAUGGGAUGGGCCGCUUGGAUCUGUGGAACCUAAAUAAUGACACAGAGGUGCCGACGGCGAGCGUGAUGAUCGAGGGGGCGUCGGCUCUGAACCGAGUGAGAUGGGCGGCGGGAGGGAAGGAGGUGGCAGUAGGAGACUCGGAGGGACGGGUCUGGAUCUACGAUGUUGGAGAGCUGGCUGUCCCCCAUGCUGAGGACUGGACCCGGUUCGCCAGGACCCUGGUGGAGAUACGUGCCAACAGAGCUGACGGGGAGGAGGAGGGGCCCGUUGAACUGGCCGCAUAGUUCCUGCUGCCGAGUCAGAGCUUAAGGGGUGACAAUGCAAGUACCAUAUUCAUUAACCACAGUGUUAGGUGUCGGGCAUUGAAUUAAAAUGCAUGUAUCACGUGCAGUGCACCGAUGCCCAAUCCAUGGUGUACAUGACAUUUAAUCCAAGCUGCAGUGAGUUUCAAAGGAGAAUAUAUUCUAUUUCUCCCUUGCAAGCAACUUUUGUGAUUAGAAUUUUGACAAUAGCAUAUCCAUGUAAGCAACUCCUAAUAUUUAGUGGUUUUUUUUCAUAUAUAGUAGCUUUAUUUAUUGGUUAGAGGCCUCUGGUGAAACUGGUAUUUACAGGCAGCACAACUACUAUUAAAUCCAUAUGAGACUGAAUAUGACGAUGUGCAGAUGUGGUAAUUUACCCAGUGUGGGACUGAGCCAGUAACUUAAGAUGUGGUGUUUCACACUGGUAUCUGACAUGCAGAAUGCUUGUACGAUAUGCAUAUUGUUGUUUUUAUUCAAUGCAGAGUACUGCAUGAAAUGUAUUUAUUGGAGUCUCUACAUAAUUCUUGCAACAUGUUGUAAAGUGUCAUAAACGUCUACAGAUCAGGUUAUCUUCACUGAAAGUUGAAACAUGAGGGUAUUUUUAAUUGGCUUACCUUCUUCAUGAGGAAGAAGCUUGGUUAUGAGGAUCUCCUGUCUAUUUAAAUGCUUUAUUAUUGUAUUGUUUUUGGGCCGCAGUUCAAAUGCAAUGUCUAGUAGUUUGCAAGAAAACAAAAAUGUUGCCAAUAAAUAACACAUGGUUA